UGCUCUCUGCUUCAACUCCACCAAUUCCAUAAAAAGCUGUCAAACUUCAGCCCCACAUGCCCUUUUCUCCCCACUAUAACUUUUGCUCCUUUUAAAUCCCUCCAUCCCCUUCCCACAUUCAAUUUAUCACAAUCUUUCUGUAUCCUCUGAGACUGCAAAAUCCUCAGUGGUCACUCCUCAAAAGGGUUAUUGGGUCUCCUUCGGUUCUUGUAUCCGUUCAUGGUCUUGGAGAAACAAAUGCGAGUUUCCGGCAUAGUAGUUUCUUUCACAACGCGUGCAUUUCUGCUGGUUCUCUCGCUUCCAGCCAUCAGCUCGUCGCAGGAGAACCCCGGAAAUGCAGGCAGCAGUUCUGAUAAGGUGAACUCACAACUAAUGUACGAGAUCACAGCGCACGGGUUCCUCCUCUGGGCCUCGCUGGGUUUCUUGAUGCCAAUCGGGAUUCUUACCAUUAGGAUGGCGAAUGGAGAAGAAAUUAGCAGGAAACGAGCCACAGCCCUCUUUCGAGCUCACGCAAUUCUUCAGCAGAUGCUCUCUGUACUUCUCUCCACAGUGGCAGCAAUAAUGUCGAUCAAGAACUUCAAUAACUCCUUCAACAACGGUCACCAGAGGAUCGGUAUUGUCCUAUAUGGCCUUAUUUGGGUCCAAGCCAUAACCGGGUUUGCACGACCCCAAAGAGGAUCGAGAGGUAGAAGCAUGUGGUUCUUAGGGCAUUGGGCAUUAGGAACUGUGGUGGCUUUGCUUGGAGUUAUCAACAUAUACACGGGAUUGCUUGCUUACCAUGAGAAGACAUCGCGGAGUAUAAGCACUUGGACAAUUAUUUUUACCGCGGAGACCUCCAUCAUUGCUCUCCUCUACCUUAUCCAAGACAAGUGGGUCUACAUACAGAAAAGCCAGUCGAUCGCCAGGACCGAUUCAUCAAAAUCAACAGAUGAAACCGCCUCACCAAAUGAGAAACAGAACGGAUUGCAACUUGCUUGAGUCCUUCCCGGAUCUUUGCUUGCUUUAUGAGAUUAAAGUACUAACAUUCUUUAUACAAAUUCAGCUUCCAAUCAUGGCUUUGAUCCCGGUGAAACAGUGAUGUUUAUAUACUGCAGGCAUAGCAGCAGAUGGAUUGCCGAUAAGAUGCCUUUUUUUUUUUUUCUAGAACAAGGAUCCGGAAGAUAGUGAACGCCUCUGUAAAUUGGAUUUAGAGUCAUAUAUUAUUUCAGGAUCAAUUGCUUUUGCGAGAGAGGACUUUUGGUGUCCCCAUACAUAAUAAUAAGAUUUUGAAUUCAUUAAAA